AUGAUUAAAGCCCUGGCCUGGAGCUGGAGUGUUGUCAGCGCUCAGCCUUGGCACUGGCCUGGCUGCGGAGGGAAGUGGCUGCCUGCCUGGUUUCAGGAGGACGAGCUGCUCGUGCAGGCCGCAGGGCUGGACACUGGGCAGGGCGGGCGGGAGGGAGGGACGCCUCCGUGGCGCAGCUCGGAGCCGGAUCCCAUCCAGCUUGGUUUUGACCAUGGCACCAUGUCAAAAACCACGUCACGCGUGGCUUUUGAGCGUGGACUGCAGGAUCACUCUUUGCCCGGGUGUUUUUGCGUCGUUUACUGGACGUUAAACACGAAUGUGGUACCUCUGCGUGAUCCUGGUGGGCACACAACAGAAAUCCUGAGGUUACUCAGCUGUUUGUCAGAGUCCUACUCUCCUAGACACUAUGUUUUUGCAGACUCAGAUAAGAUGAGUGAGGCUAAAAUACGUUCUUUUGAACAAAAAAGGGCUGAAACAAAUAACAGUUCAGUCUAUCGUGCUUUCUUCCAGUUCACCCUUGAUCGCAUUCCCAGAAGCCGUGAGGUUAGACAAUCUUGGACCUCCUCGGUGGUAACAACCCUGUACUCCAUACUUUACUCCUUUCCUUUGACCUACAAACUGAAACCGGAUUUG